UGAGUCCGUGGCGCCUCCGUAGCACCCGCGGUGUCAUAGGGAGCCGGGGCGCCGGCCCGCCCGUGAGAGCGAGACCAGCUCUAUCGUUGCCGGGAAGAUGCGGUCGGUCAGUUAUGUGCAGCGGGUAGCGCUCGAGUUCAGCGGGAGCCUCUUCCCCCAGGCCAUCUGCCUGGGAGACGCCGACAACGAUACGCUGAACGAGUUAGUGGUGGGGGACACCAACGGGAAACUCUGCGUGUACAAGAAUGAAGAUAGCAAGCCCUGGAUUGUGCGCUCCUGCCAAGGAAUGCUCACCUGCGUUGGUGUUGGGGACGUGUGCAACAGAGGAAAGGUGAGGGAGCCACCAACAGGCCUGAUGAGGUCUCCCCUCUCCUCGCAGAAUCUGGUUGUUGCCGUGAGUGCCGAGGGCUGGUUUCAUCUCUUUGAUCUGACUCCUCCACCCUCAAAGCAUCCAGAUGCCUCUGGCCACCACGAACCUCCACAGGCAGAUGAGCAGAAGCUGGUGUUCAAGCAGCACAUUCCCGCCAACACCAAGGUCAUGCUGAUCAACGACAUUGAUGGAGAUGGGAAGUUCGAGCUGGUGGUGGGUUACACGGACCGUGUGGUACGAGCCUUCCGCUGGGAGGACCUGUCUGAGAGCUCCGACCACAUCUCUGGCCAGCUGGUGCUGCUGAAGAAGUGGCUGCUGGAGGGGCAGGUGGACAGCCUCUCUGUGAACCCGGGCCCUGAUGGUGUCCCCGAGAUGAUGGUGUCCCAGCCGGGCUGUGGCUAUGCUAUCCUGCUCUGCACCUGGAAGCCGGACCAGCAGCCCCUAGCAGAGGGAGGGGAGAGCUCUGCAAACAGCAGGGAAGCCCCCGUUCGGGACGUUAUCCUUCACCAGACAUCUGGCAGGAUUCAUAACAAGAACGUUUCCACUCAUCUAAUUGGCAGCAUUGGCCGAGGCUGCACUAAAGUGGAUGGUGGCUCGGGCCUCUUUGCCCUCUGCACUCUGGAUGGAACGUUGAAGCUCAUGGAGGGGGCGGAUAAGCUGCUGUGGUCCGUGCAGGUUGAUCACCAGCUCUUUGCUCUGGAAAAACUGGAUGUUACUGGCAAUGGGCAUGAAGAGGUGAUUGCCUGCGCCUGGGAUGGCCAGACGUACAUCAUCGACCACAAUCGGACUGUGGCCAGAUUUCAAGUGGAUGAGAACGUCAGCGCAUUCUGUGCUGGCCUCUAUGCAUGCAAAGGAGGCCACAACAGCCCUUGCCUGGUUUACGUCAGUUUCAACCAGAAGAUCUACAUCUACUGGGAUGUGCAGCUGGAGAGAAUGGAAUCCACCAACCUACUGAAGAUACUAGAGACCAACCCAGAAUACAGGGACCUUCUGCAGCAGCUGGGCGUGGAUGGAGAUGAUGUCUCGGCUGUCAAAGAUCUGAUUCACAAGACCCUGUACUUCCCAGAAAAGCAGCCACAGAACAGUCCUUGCCAGCAUCGGGGCCUUGCUGGAGCAGACUCCUCCAGUCACUCCACCGUUGCCCAAGACUUGUGGAACUUUCCCACAGGAAGAGCAAGCCCUCUCCAGCUGCUACGUCUGUCACUCAGGCCAGAAGAGAGUCAAGCAUUGAUAUGGUAAGCUAAGCUUUGGGACACAAGGGCAUCUGUUCUGAGAGCAGAGAACAUGUUCUUCUGUCUCCUCCAUCACUGAGGAGAGAUGGGAAUGAAGAGGAGACAGGACAAGAAAUGCAGCAUGAGAGAGAAGAGUGGAGUG